UGGAGAAUGUCGGUGGGUGUUGCAAUGUUUUCCUUAUCGCCAUUGGACUUCCUCUCCGCCGCUCAAAGCUGCUGCUCCUGCGUCUCCAGACACUUCCUGCACCGAGCUACAGCAUUCAGUGACUAUCUGUCGUCGUGAGGGGGAGACAAGAUGAGGAACAAAGAUUUUUGGGAGGGAACGUGAGGAAUGACUCAAGGACAUUAACAUGACAUAAAUUAAGGACACACCUGAAGCUGUCUCCUUGUUUGUCUUUUGUUUUGUCUCUGUUUUUUUGUGUUUGUUUUCGUUGUUUAGUCUCCAUUUGUCUUAUCUGGUGACUCUGUUCUCGUGGAGAACAGAUAACGAAGGUGCAUUUGUUUGGAUGAAACUUAAAUGUAUCACACUACUACUGUCUUGGGGACAGGCCUAGUUACUCCUCUUGUCUGCCUCCUAUAUCUCUGAGACUAAAGACAGCAAUAGAGGUAUCAAAGGUCUUGAAAAAGCCAGCAUUUAUCAUAUCUUUGUGGCAUUAAUUACACGUGGGCCAGUAAUUAUCAUGCAACAUCCUCUACACAGAAUUAUUUACUUGUGCAGUAAUUUAAUUUAAUUUCGUAGCCUCCUUGUUCAAACAAGGUGUGUUUGUUUGUCUUAUUCAUACUUAGUGAAUCACUUUUUCAAUGCAACCAAGAGUUUUAGUUUUAUCCAUUUGUGUAAUUAUUUGAAGAUUUAUUUGUAAAGUCAAGGAGCUGCUCAGUUGCCUUAUAUUGCUAUCGCAUUGGCGGCUUCAAGUUGUGAUGUAAACUUUUUUUUUUACUUAUGCAAUCUUUGUGAUGAACACUUCUGUGUAAAUGACUGAUCUUGUAGUGGAAAAUAUAAUUUUGUAAGUUCUGUGUUCUCUAAAUAUGUUUGAGAUUUGCUCACUCGUUUUCCACUGGCAGUAAAUUGUGUAGGCUGACGGCUCUUCAGAUCAAACUGUGGGACGAAGACAUGAGAGCUUUUUAACUGUGACACAAAGACUGAUCUUAAGCUGUUCCCAUCUUCACUGGAUACAUACUCUGAACAGAAGAUCCUUUAAACUGGAAAUAUUUUUUUCUUUUGAAAUGAAGACAUACUUCUGAAAUGGACCGACAGACCAGAAACUAAGAGACUCUUGAAUCCCAACAUUGAAAAGGAAGAAUGAUUUUGAGGAGAUUUCAGGGAUAAAUCUCUCAGACUGACAACUCUUCAAGCAUCUAACUGUAGAAAAUCCAGCCCUUAAGCUCACAUUUUUUCCCGAUAAGCCUUGUCCGCUUUAGCAGUGAGGAUGCGAUCUCCAGAACCGUCUUCACCUUCCACGGCAGAAGCCCUGCUUCACAGCCAGUUUGCUAGCUGGGGUUCAGGCAGCAACAGCAACAACAACAGCUGCCCCAACAGCCCUGGUGGUCCGGGCGGACUGUCCCCCGCUGCCUCCCCUACUCCGUCUCCGGCCUCCAACUAUGCCUUGACCCUAACCCACACCCACAUACAUAUCCAGCGGCUGUCACCACGGCCAGGGAAGGAGGCCCGUCUCCUGCUGCCUUUAUCAGAGCUGGUGGGGUGCAGCUGCCCCCGGGCCCCUGCGCCGCCCCUCCUCGUGCUGUACUGGUACCCACCAGGAAAACGGCGGAAAGGGGUUUCUCGACGCAGGCAGGUGAGGGCCUACCUGGCAGAAAGCAGGUCUGAGGCUGAGAGGUGGUCGGCUGCUGUGCAGUGUUUACUCCGAGACGUGACCGUCACUGCUGACACCGAAUUUUCAAGAAGUCUGCUACCUCGUCCCAGGCGACUACUGUUAUUGGUCAAUCCCUUCAGUGGGAGAGGCCAGGCCAUGCAGUGGUGUCAGACACACAUCCUGCCAAUGAUCAGAGAGGCCAACAUCAGCUACAACCUCAUACAGACAGAGCGUCAGAACCAUGCCAGAGAGCUUAUCAGAGAGAUAUCGCUCCCAGAGUGGGAUGGCAUCAUCAUCAUCUCUGGAGACGGCCUGCUGCAUGAGGUAAUCAAUGGGCUGAUGGAGCGUCCUGACUGGGAACAAGCAAUAAAAACACCUGUCGGCAUUCUCCCCUGCGGCUCUGGGAAUGCCCUGGCUGGCUCCAUCAACCACCACGCAGGGUAUGACAUGUGCCUUCGGGAGCCCCUCCUUUUGAACUGCUGCUUUUUGCUCUGUCGAGGCGGAGUCCGACCCAUGGACGUGAUCUCCGUGACGACAAGCCCUCCUCCCUCUGUCAACAGUCGUCCUGCAGCACCCAGGAGACUGUUCUCUUUCCUUUCUGUGGCCUGGGGCUUUGUGUCUGAUGUGGACAUUGAGAGUGAGAGAUAUCGUGGCCUGGGCUCGGCUCGCUUCACCCUGGGCACCCUGGUGCGCAUUGCGUCUCUUCGAUCCUACAAGGGUCGUCUGUCCUACCUGCCUCCCUCUAUCAACCCCGUCUCACCCGACACCACACCUCCUCCCCCAAGGAGACCCCUCUCCCGCAGUAUCACAGAAGGCCUGGAUGAAUUCUGUCGAACACCCAUCCAUCGCACCUGCUCCGACAUGGGCAUCAGCGAACAGAGGAGCCUGCAGAGGGGCGAGGUAGAGAGGGAGAAGGAGGAGAGGCAGAAAGAGAGGGAGAGAAGAAGGGAGAGGGCUAGGGGAGGGGGAUCUGGCGUGGUGAGGGCAAGCAGCCUGGCAGAGGACAGAGAGAGAGAGAGAGAGGGGGAGAUGGAGGCAGAAGAAGGGAGGUCAGGGACAUGUUCCGAGAGUUCAGAAUCAAUUGAAAGGGAAGACUGCAAUAUGGGAAGGGGGGAGAGGUUGGAGGGGAUCAAGGACGAAAGGGAAGACGAGGGGAGGGUAGAGCAAGACUCCAGCGAGAUGGAGGUGGAGGAGAGGGGGAAGGAUGGGGAAGGCAGUGGUGGUUCUGCAGAGGGGGAGAGAGUGGGCUGUGGGGUGGACAUGGGGCGAGUGGCAGACGGAGAGCCAGAGGGUUGUCUCCCUUACCCAGAGGGUCUUCAGGACGCCAGGAAGGCCCUGAGGAAGAACUCAGCCCCUUCCAGCCAGAUCGCCCACGCCCUGUUCAACCAGCCGCUCAGCCAGGAGGCGGACGCAGACUCCGGCUCGUCCUUCGGGGUGGAGGACGUGGACCUAAAUGGAUCCUACUACCAGAAAGAGCCCUUCCAACUGGACGUUGCUCGAGAGCGAUCUCUCACCAUCUCGUCCUCCCCCUUCCGUCACUCUCCCUUCUCCUACAAGCCCAAGACCCUGGACCAAAACCAGAACGCUUCCCGGCCGAGGCCCCUCUCUCUCCUCCAGCACUCCCACUCAAACUCUCUCCCCCCGAAACUUCCCUCCCUCUCCCUGUCUCUUUCUCCUACACCCCCAUCUUCCCCUUCAUGUGCCUCCCCCCACUCUUCAUCCUACCUCGUCCCCCGUCCUAACACACCAAACUCCACCUCGCCCUCCCCCUCGCUACGCACACCCUCCUCAACUUUUAACUUUGACAUUGCCGAGCCAGCAGGACCUCAGAAGAACCGUCCUUUAUUCUCACUGCCUUUAAAUGCCCCCAGAGAUGAGUUGUUACCCCCCCUCGACCAACCCCUUCCCACCAGAGACUGGGUCACUAUUGAAGGGGACUUUGUCCUGGUCCUGGCCCUUUAUCAGUCCCACCUCGGGGCUGAUCUUCAUGCUGCACCCCAGGCCAGGUUUGACGAUGGGCUGAUCCACCUGACCUUUGUGCGGGCGGGGAUCUCCAGAGCCACUCUCUUGAGACUGUUCUUCGCCAUGGAAAGAGGAACCCACCACUCUGUGAGCUCGCCCUAUGUGAGCCACAUCACCUGCAAUGCCUUCAGGCUGCAGCCUCUGUCCACACGAGGGACCCUCACUGUGGACGGAGAACUGGUGCCCUAUGGGCCUCUUCAAGCGCAGGUUCAUCCCGCCUUGGCUCGUCUCAUCGUUGGUGACUCUGGAGUAAAGAUGACCAGAUUCUAAUCAGUGAUUGGUUGAGCAGAUUGAUGGACACAACACUCUACUGAAUUAUGUAAUCUCUGUUUGCCAUCUAUACUCUGAAAGAGGGCAAGCGUCUGAGAGACUUAAAAUAGCCUGGAUUGCAGAAACUGCUUCCCUGGGGUUUAAUGAAGGGAUAACCCACCGAGCACCAAUGGAGCAUGACUGCAGGGAUUGAUAGCACAUUUGAAAAUGGAUGGAAAAUGCGCCUCAUUGCACAGCUGUUGGAUUACGCUCAGCAUGGAAACUGCACAGCCUGGGAUAGUAAGAGGGAAGAACAAUCGAAUGUUUAGGGUUUUUUGAGUGCAGAUAGUGCAUGUGUUGGAUGUAUACGUAGUGGUAUGCAUGCAGAGAAGCACUACCUGAAUUUUGCGUUUUAAUGAGAUAGAAAGAUCAAAUUAAGAGAAAUGUGUUCUUUAACAUGCUACAACAAAUACACUGAGAUUCACUUGGGCCAACAUCCCAAUAAAAUUGGCCCCAACCUUCUUAUCUUUCCGACCAAAUGUCAAAGUAUAAAUCUUCCGUCCAUGAAAGGAAUGCCUUAUCUGACACUGGACAGUACAGUUGUACCUUUGCCCUUAUUGCUCUGUGUUAUAAAAGAAACACAAAUAUUCUUAAUGUCUGUCCACCUAGCAUAGUGUCCGUCCACUACAUCAAAGCCAAGCUACGCUUAUAUACUCAGACAUACUGGUAGACCCACCAAACUGCUGUUCUCUUUGAGCACACGACACCAACUGCUUUAAGCAUCAGUGGAGAAAAUGUGGAGAAAUGUACACUUUAAUGCUGUCAAUGCUAGUGACUCAAUGUAGAGCAGUGCCAUCAAGCUUUUCAGGGUUAGUUCAUUAGUAUGAGCAGAGGAGCCGUUGAGCGGCGACCAUUACUGACAUUUGAAAAAUAAUCUGUGUUUUUUUUUUUGCCAGUGGAUGCACGAUUAUGAUGUUAAUGUUAUCACAAUUUACAACAUAUUGAACUAGAAAAUGUCUGAACGUAGCAAGCUUCAGUGGUUUUAGACUGAAUUUUAAAGAAAGGUUUCAGAAUCACACUGAUCUCUCGCAUAUAUAUCACUAUCUCUGAGUAAUUGGAAGUUUAGAGGACAUUACUUGUCUCUGUUAAAUAGCAAGUAGUGCAUUUCAUUUGCACAAUAACUGGAGUUAAAGGAACACAGAAAAUCACUAUAAUGCUUUGUAAUGUUUAGAUACAUCUUCAGAGUUUCGCAGAAUUUGACACAAUGCUUUGUUCUAGAAAAUGGAUGCACUUGUAUUAAUAGCCGAGUCAAGAUACUAUAAUAAAUUGUUCGCAUUGCAGUCCUAGCCUGAAAUAUUUAUUGUCUCGAUUUGAACAGUUUUUGAACGGUAGGACAGACUCAUUACAGAAUCAUCAUUCAUUUAAAAGUCCUUUCGUAGAGACAAACAAGGACCCAACACUAAAAUCCAGCAGAUUUAUGAUCAAGAGAUACAGUAAAAUGGACACAAAACAACUUUCCCUUGAAGAAUCACCCAGCAGCAGAACUAAUCGGUUGAAUGAUGGAUUGGGUUUUGAAUGGAACGUAUCUUGAGAACAUGUUUCAGAUGGUUAUUGGCUCCUCGGUGAAACCAAACCGCAGAUACUGGAGCCCAUAAUAGGAAUUGUCGUUUUUUAUAAAUUAUUUUUCUUAAAUGCAAUAUUAAACCCUGCUGAUAUUCUUGAUCAGGAAAAAGGAUUAAUAAAACCAUGUGCAGUGUAUCAAUCAGUACAAUGUGCCGCCUGCUUGGGUCAUCGUCUACAUACUGUAUGUCCUGGUCAUGCCUGGACAAAUGAAUGCCUUUGUAAAAUAAACCUGUAAAUGCUGGCUGCUGAUCAUGAACUGUUUGAACCUGACUGCUGAAAAUGGAGUAAAACUCUUUGCUCACCAGGCAUUUAUUUUUCUUCUUCUUUUAUUAUUAUUUUUCUUCAGAAUGCACAAUUCAACUUGACUACCACAACUACUCUGCCCUCACACAGCUUCAUCAUGUAAAUACACACUUUGGGUUAAGGCUUGUAACAGUACCAAAUAGAACAAAAAUACUUUCACUUUCAUUACGUUUUAUACCAAAAAGUUAGCUCUCAAUGCCAAGUAAUCUAGCUCACAUACCUGAACCAUGUUUUGUCUAUGGCCAUAGCGCAGUGAGGCACAUUUGAUAGGACAAUGUCGGGUACAACCUAUGGUGUAACCCCUAAAUUGAUAAUGCUGUUAAGAUGUCUGUAGUGGACUGCCUGUAAUGAAAUUGUAAUUAUUAAUAAAUGAAAUAUGCACAUACACAA